AUGGGUUCCAGCAUCUUCCCACUCUGCCUAGCACUUCUGUUAUGUUAUGUUUAUGGUACUCCGGCCUCUGUCGGGCACCUCUCCCGUGAAGCUGAUGCUGAUGAUGGUGAGAUAAUCAAAGACAUUCCAGAUAUAAACUUAGCUGCUGGACUGGACCUCUUUCAGGGUGACAUCUUGCUCCCUCAAAAUCAGCGGAAUGCCCUAAGAAAUGAGAACUACAGAUGGGAGUUCCCCAUCCCCUACAUUCUGGGUGAUAAUCUAGAUCUGAAUGCCAAAGGAGUCAUUCUCCAGGCCUUUGAAAUGUACCGUCUUAAGUCUUGCGUUGAUUUCAAGCCAUAUGAAGGAGAGAGAACCUACAUAUUCUUCAGAAAAGAAAAUGGGUGUUGGUCCAUGGUGGGAGACCAGCAGACUGGACAGAACCUCUCCAUUGGGGCACGGUGUGACUACAAAGCAAUUGUGGAACAUGAGAUCCUGCACGCUUUGGGAUUUUACCAUGAGCAGUCAAGGAUGGAUCGGGAUGACUAUGUGACGAUCUGGUGGGAUGAGAUUAUUGAAGGCAAAGAGCACAAUUUUGUGAAGUACGAUGACAGCUUCAUCACGGAUCUGAACACCCCCUACGACUACGAGUCGGUGAUGCACUAUGCACCACUUUCAUUUAACAAAAAUGAAAACAUCCCCACAAUCACAGCAAAGAUACCAGAGUUUGAUAACAUCAUUGGGCAGCGUCUAGACCUCAGUGCCAUUGACCUGGAAAGACUGAAUCGCAUGUAUAACUGCACUUCAACGCACACCCUUUUGGACCAGUGUUCUUUCGAGUUUCAGAAUAUCUGUGGUAUGAUUCAGGGCACCAGAGACGAUCUAGAUUGGGUCCACCAACGGAGCAAUGCUACAGGGCAAGAAGACCACACACUUUCUGGGCGCUGCAAAGAUGCUGGCUACUUCAUGUACUUCAGCACCAGCUCUGGCAAAGCAGAUGAGGUGGCAGUCCUGGAGUCUCGAAUCCUUUAUCCAAAGAGAACUCAACAGUGCCUCCAGUUCUUCUAUAAGACCACAGGAAGCCUUUCUGACAAGCUGAUCAUCUGGCUUAAAGAGGAUGAUGGCACUGGAAAUGUUCGCAAGAUGAGGAAAAUCCAAACCUUUCAAGCGGACAAUGACCACGGCUGGAAAAUCGCCCACGUAACCCUCAAUGCUCAGAAGAAGUUCCGUUACCUCUUCCAAGGACUGAAGGGCAACCCCAGCUCUUCAUCUGGUGGGAUUGCCAUCGACGAUGUCACACUUACAGAGACUCCCUGUCCCACAGCCGUGUGGGUCAUCCGGAAUUUCAGCAAGAUCCUUGCAAACACGACGAGUGGUGUUAUGCAGAGCCCCCGGUUCUACAGCCCCGAGGGUUAUGGCUUUGGGGUAACCCUGCAUCCCCACUCCACCGUGAGUGGCUACGCUCGCAUUGCCUUUCACCUGUGCAGUGGAGAGAACGAUGGUGUUCUGGAGUGGCCAGCCCUGAACCGCCAGGCCGUACUCACAGUGCUGGACCAGGACCCUGAUGUCUUGAAAAGGAUGUCCUCCAGCAGAAGCUUUACCACAAGCAAAGACCAUGUUAGCUCAGGUAAGUGCUAUGUUAAUGGAAGCAUAAUAUGGGAGAAACCAUCAAUUGCUGGAAAAUUUGAUGCCUCAUGCAAUUGCUACAGAAGUGUAUCGUGGGGGUGGGCUAACUUCAUAUCCCACAGCCAGAUGAGGCGCAGAAGCUUCCUGAAAAAUGAUGACCUGAUAAUUUUUGCAGAAUUUAAUGACCUAACUCAUCUCAAUAACACUGAGGUUCCUGUGCACCCUAGACAAUCUGCCUUAAUGGAAGGCCUCAUUCUUGAAAGGCAGAAGAGAGCAGCCCAGGAUAUGGAGCCUGUUCAGGACCAGCUGCCUUAUCUGCAAGACCCGUGUGACCCAAACCCUUGCCAGAAUGAUGGAGUCUGUGUCAAUGUGAAAGGGAGAGCAAGCUGCAGGUGCCUGUCAGGACAAGCCUUCUUCUUCACGGGCGAGAGAUGUCAGUCAGUGCAAGUCCAUGGGAACAUCCUGGGAAUGAUAGUGGGUGGAAUCGCUGGAACCAUGGUCUUAACCAUUGUCCUCAUUUCCAUGAUGGCUAGAAGAUAA